AUGAAAGAAUCCCCUCUCAUAACGUUGGUUAAAAGACAUUCCGAGACACAUUUUGCCAAUAUCAAGUAUGGGUAUUAUGUGUUGAUAAUAUCAUUGGUCUAUCUCAUUGGAUUGGCUCUUUUGAGAGCUUUCGGAAGGAGAACCCCAUCCAGAUCGUCGUCAGCUUUCAAAAAUAAGAUAAUUUAUCGGUUGUAUGAUAUAGAUCCUGCAAUUCACUUAGGUAUAUUGUUUUUUGCAGUCUUGAUUCCAUUUUAUUACCAUUACUCUUUGACUACCCAAUCUACGGUCUAUCUCAAAAGAUUAGGGAGGUUGAGUUACGCCUUGAUCCCGCUGAACCUAUUCCUCACUUUAAGGCCUAAUUGGUUCCUUAGGAAAAAUUGCACCUACACUGAUUUUAUACCGUUCCAUAAAUGGUUUUCACGUAUUAUCACCGUGAUUGGUUUGCUUCAUGGGAUUUUCUUCAUCAUUAAGUGGGCGAUAGACGAUAAUGUCUCUCUAAAGCAAAAAUUGAUUCUGAAAACUUUCAAUUUUGCGGGAUUCAUAAUAUCAAUAUUGGUACUUUUUUUACUUAUUUGCUCGAUUGGGCCAAUGAGAAGAUACAACUAUCGUUUGUUUUACAUCGUACAUAACCUGGUGAACGUGGCCUUCAUCUUACUCACCCCAAUACACUCUAGGCCAGGUGUUAAGUUCCCAUUUCUUCUACUAAACUGUACCCUAUUAUUCAUUCAUAUUAUCAAUAGAAUAGUAUUUGCGAAAUCCUUGAUGAUUUUGAAUAAGAAUGCGAAUUAUUCAAAAACAAAUUUAGUCCAUGUAAGAUUGCCCAGGGCUAUUCUUCCAGAUUAUUUUGAACCAGGGUCGCAUAUUAGAAUAAGCCCUUACAGAAGAAUUAAUCCCCUCUAUUGGUUGCUACCAUCGCAUCCAUACACAAUUGCGUCUUUGGCAGAAGACAAUUCAAUUGAUCUUAUUAUAAAGGAAACCUCUACAGCCGAGCCAGGUAGCCAGAUAGAGUCUCUUCGUAGUAAUCCAAAAUCCUUUCAUUUAGAUCAAGAAAAAACCUAUACUUUGAUUAAUAGUUAUCCUCCCUCUGUACCCGAAGAAUGUUAUUCUCAAGGCACGAAUAUAGCUAUUAUAUGUGGUGGGUCUGGUAUAUCUUUUGCCCUACCACUAUUUAGGCAUUUUUUUAACAAGGAGAAUGUAAAAUACUUGAAAAUGAUCUGGCUGAUAAAAGAUUACUCUGAAUAUGAACUUGUUUUGGAUUAUCUCAAGACAAAUGGGUUGACUUUUGAGAAAAAACUCUCGAAUAAUAAGAGGAUUUCAGUAUUUAUUAGUGGAGAAUACACGGCGGAAACACGGUUAGACGAAAUUACGACCAAUAUCGACGAUGAAAACUCAGAAUAUGAAAUGGGAUCUUUCAACAAUGAAGACGAAGACCUUUCGAUUUCUAAUUUCAAUUCAGAAAAUGCGGACAGCAAUGACAAUACGCCAGAGACAAGUCAUAGCCCCACAAAAGAGAAUGGAAGCAUGAUCGAGGUAAAAUCCAAACACAGUUUUACUCUUUCCAACGAAUUGAAGAGCUUCAACAAUGAAAGUGCACAAGUGAACCAAAAUGAAACAUGGUUGUUUUCAUGUGGUCCUCCCUCGUUAUUACAAUUGUCUAAAAAAUAUUGUAACGAUGAAAGGAUCAACUUUGUCUGUGAGACUUACGGAUUAUGA